CGGGUAGGGAAUCAACAGCUCCCUGAAAGUCUAGAUCCUGGCACUUCCCAACUGCAGUGGUACGGAGGGCGACUCCUGUGUCUCCACCCAGGCCUGCUCGCACUCUGAACCAGCCUAGCUAUUCGUUUUCAGUUUCGUUUCUUCUGGCUUGGAGCUAACCUGCGUGGCCGUCUGCAGAUAAGAUUCUCCUUGGCAACUUUUACAAGCUGAGGGCUAGGCCAGGGAGGGUUUGGCGGUACAGCUGAAAGGAGGCGAGGCAGCGCGUGGAUCAUGCCCAAAUUCACUUUUAAGGAGAGGAGGGAGGCCGGGGAGCAGUUUAUACAGUUUCUAAAGGAUUCUGGCAAGGAAGCCGUGAGCGACAGAAAGGUACUCCGGACGAUUUACACCGAGUCCAAAAAUAGAGAUAAUGAAAGAAGACCCAAUUUCUCCAGUGUGCUCUAUACUCUUGGACGAUGUGGCCGUGCUGUAGUACUCAAGAACACUGUGCAGUUUGGCUCUGUGCAGAAGAAAGUGAAGUUUGCCAAUCAGUACUGGAGAUCAGGAAAUGAUGCUGGAGAUCAGACUCCGCUUGGUCCUGAUUCAGUUGCUGGCCCACCUCCUCGAAGGUCACGUGCCAAAGACAGAGCUGAAUUCAUUUCGAAGAAGAAUGGCGUGGAUAUUGUUUCUCAGCAUGAUCUACCGAAUGGUCGUAUUCGCUUUCCUGUGUCUCCUAAUGAGGCCAAAACAAUUACUAUGCUUGUCAAAAAUGGUGGGGCUCAUGAUGUGACUCUGAAUGCCUACAGAAUCCUGCGUAAAAGUCGUGAGUUAACCUUUGUGGUAUCCCAGCCUCUGCCUCUAAGACUUCUACCAGGGGCAUCAUGUGAGAUCUCAGUGUGCUGCAUGACACACUUCUAUGGCUACUUUGCUGCACCUGUGCUGUUUGAGUUCACCAGCAAGCAGACUGAAUUUUUCACAAUUGGGCGUUUUGUGUCAGCUGUUGCUAACAGCAAAUUAGCGGAACAGCUGGGUCCUUCUGCUCCAUAUCGACCCUAUCAAGCCAAUCUUCGUAAACCUCAGCUUUUGACUACAGAGGGUGGCAUCCCACCAAAUGUCUCUUUACAGUAUGAACUUGAACAAAAAAUACAUCUAGAUAACUACAGCUAUCCAGACAACUUAAAGGACCUGGUCAGGUAUCUCCAGGAGGGCCAUGCACCUAAUGAUGGCUCCCGUGCCAUGGUUGCCAAGCAUCGGAAUGUUCUGAAAGCCACACUGGAAUUUAACAAUUAUAGUGAGAAGUUUAAAUUAUUGCUUCACCUGGAAGAAAUACAAAUGGAGGUGGACAUCCGUCGAUAUGACAUGGAGGACGUUUGUAUGGAGGUUGAUCUGCAGAAUAGGAAUCUCCUUGUCCUGAAGGUACCUGGUGUGGCUGAGAACCGCCCAUCAGUAUUGAAAGGUGAUCAUCUUUUUGUUACUUUGGCUGAUGAUCGUGGACAGAGUCCAGUUGUCCAGUACCAGGGCUAUGUUCAUGCUGUGGAACUGGAAAAAGUCAAGCUGGGCUUCUCUCCAAAGCUGAGAUCCCUGUUCAUCAAUAACAUGAAGUUUAAUGUGACUUUCACCUUCAAUCGUCUGCCAUUACGGGUUCAGCAUCGGGCAGUUGUUCUUGCCCAGGAAAGGCAACUGCAGCAUUUACUCUUCCCAUCUUUCUCAUAUCAGGAAUCCUUGCUCUCUGCUGGGCAGCGGCUCAGUCUAUAUGAUCUCAACCUGGAGAAAAAUGAGGAACAAAGUAGAGCCGUCUAUCAGGUGGUGGCAGGCACUUCCAGACCAGCCCCUUACCUCAUAUUUGGACCUCCAGGUACUGGAAAGACUGUUACUAUGGUAGAGGCCAUCAAACAGGUACUGCGCUGCAUUGAAGGUUCCCAUGUUCUUGCCUGUGCCCCUUCCAACAGUGCUUCUGACUUGCUGUGCCAACAUCUCAUGAAACAUGUGGAGAAAAGGAACAUCUACAGGAUAAAUGCUAUCAGCAGGGAUUAUCGCCUGAUACCUGAGGAUAUCAAGCCUUGUUGUAACUGGGAUAAUGUGAAGAAAUGCCCUGUCUUUCCCAUCAAGGAGAAGCUGAAAAGCUAUCGGGUCAUCAUCACUACCCUGGUGACAGCAGGAAGAUUGGUUUCUGCUGAUUUUCCUCCGGGGCAUUUUUCUCAUGUCUUCAUUGAUGAGAGUGGCCAUGCUGUGGAGCCAGAGAGCCUGGUUGCCAUUGCAGGCCUCCUAGCCAUGAUGGACUCAAAGACAAAUCCCAAAGGAGGACAGCUUGUUUUGGCAGGGGAUCCUCAGCAACUGGGGCCCAUCUUAAGAUCUCCUCUGGCUGUUGACCAUGGCUUAGAACUUUCCCUGUUGGAGCGACUGAUGCAUCACAAUCCCCUGUACAAAAAGAAGGAUGGGAGUUACAACCCACAGUUUGUGACUAAACUGCUGCGGAACUACAGGUCUCAUGCUGCAAUCUUGAAGUUUCCCAAUGAGAAGUUCUACGAGGGGGAGCUGCAGGUCCAUGCCAACCCUGCCAUCACUCAUUCCUACUGCUCUUGGAGUGGACUGGUGAAGAAGGGGUUUCCCAUCAUCUUUCAUGGAGUCUGUGGAAAAGAUGAAAGGGAAGAAAAAAGCCCUUCAUUUUUCAACACAACUGAGAUCGAUGUGGUGAUAGACUAUCUCAGAAGGCUGCUUCUGGAAGAACAGGGCAAAAAAGGCUCGUCCCGCAUAUCACCCAAAGAGAUUGGCAUCAUCUCACCAUACAGAAAGCAGGUGGAAAAAAUAAGAAAAGCCAUUGGCAUAUCAGCGUUAAAGAACUUGUCAGAUAUCAAGGAUCUAAAGGUGGGCUCUGUGGAGGAGUUCCAGGGCCAGGAACGGCGUGUUUUGCUUAUUUCUACAGUGCGCAGCCAAAGUGAAUAUUUUCAAAUGGAUGAAGAGUUCAACCUAGGAUUCUUGAAGAAUCCCAAGCGCUUCAACGUGUCUGUGACAAGACCCAAAGCACUCUUAAUUGUUGUAGGCAAUCCAAUUACUCUCAAGCAGGAUCCAGUGUGGAGCGAGUUUCUCAAGUACUGCAGGGAUAACGGUGGAUACAUAGGAUACCCAUAUGAUGGAGAGGAGAAUGGGAUGGACGAAAAUCUGGCAGCAGAGCUUCAUUCCCUCAACCUGAACAGGCAGCCUACAGUGACACUGAGACAUGACCAUAACUUAUCUGAGAGUCACGUCCAGCAACAAGUAGAGCCUGAAUGGAGACAUGAGCACUGAGGUUCUGUGCAGCACUGCUGUCCUCUGCAUUCCUGAUUAUAUGACUUCUCUUUCUGCUGCUCAGAUAGAUUGCAGUGUAGGUGGCAUCCUGGUUCAAGAAAUCAUGUUUGAACACCUACCAUCUCUCAGAGGCUGAAGCAGGAAUCCUGCACACAAAUCCGAAAUUUCUAAGAUGGACAUCCUAAUUAUGCAGUGGGAAAACUUGUGUAGUUAUGAUGAUUAGUUCUGUGUAAGUUCUCUUUUUCCUCAACUUCGUGAGGGACUCUUUUGCACUACCUCUCCCUGCUUUUCUAAGUGUUUCAAAAGUGCUAGAUUGUCAGGCCAAAAGAAAUGACAAAGUGGACUGAGGAGUGGUGCUAAGUGCAGGGAUUCCACUUUCCUGUAUUUCAUUACUUUCUCAUACUGUAGCUGAAAUGAUACAUAUGCUUUUUUCAUUAGAUUUCCUGCUGGUGUUUAAAGUUUACCAUAAAUUCAAUUUAGAAAAGAAAAAAAAACUUAUUUCUUGCUUUUCCAAGACAGUCUGAUUUUAUCAACAUUUUUGUACUGAAUUUCCAUUAAAGUUUACAAAAUAAAAUGACUACUGCAUCAUGGAAUCAUAA